AUGGUCGCCCAACCCAUCGGCACCAAGAAAGCCGUCCCAGGCACCGUCUCCAAGAAAUCCACACCAACACCCGUCCGCAAAGCCCCCAUCGCCUCCACUACAGCAAAGAAGCCCAUCACUUCAACCGUCACAACCAAAAAACCCAUUCCAGCUACAGUCACCGCGCAGAAGAAGAAACCCAUCCCAGCAGCAGUGACUGCACAGAAGAAGAACCUGCCUGCAGCAGCUAAGAAACAACAACACAUUCCCACUCCACCAUCCCAACAAUCAUGGCUUACUAAAGCUACAAAUGGUGCUGGUGCAGCUAUAUCGAGCACAACAUCUGCUGCAGCGGCGGGUGUGGGGAAAGCUGCUGGUGCUGUUGUGACGGCGGCUGGCAAUGGCGUUGCGGGUGCUGGAAAGGGGGCUGGAGUGUCGUAA